AUGGGGAGUUUCAGAGGUCAUGCCCUCCCUGGAACCUUCUUCAUUACCAUGGGUAUUUGGUGGACCAUAAAGUGCACUCUGAAGUAUGCCUGCAAAAAGCACAAACGGACUUCCUACCUUGGUUCCAAAGCAUUAUUCCAUCGAAUGGAUAUUGUGGAGGGAAUUACAAUAAUUUGCAUGGCUUUAACUGGCAUGCUUGGAGAGCAGUUUGUUACUGAAGGGCCCCACUUGGCUUUAUAUAACUAUAAAGAGGGCCAGUGGGUCCAACUCCUGAGCUGGCAUCAUUCCACCAUGUAUUUCUUCUUCGGGCUGGUGGGCGUGGCAAACAUCUUAAGGUUUAUCAUCAAUUCGUUUCCCAUUUCCUUAAUCAAAUUGCUGCUGUCGAAUGCCUUAUUUGUUGAGGCUUUUAUCUUGUACAACCACACUCAUGGCCGGGAAAUGCUGGACAUCUUUGUGCACCAGCUGCUGGUCUUGGCUGUCUUUGUGGCAGCCCUGAUAGGCUUCUUGGAGUUCUUUGUAAGGAACAAUGUCAUUGUGGAGCUUCUUCAGAUGACCUUUAUCCUGCUUCAGGGAAGCUGGUUCUGGCAGAUUGGUUUUGUCCUUUAUCCCCCUAGUGGAGGUCCUGCAUGGGAUUCAAUGGAUCAUGACAACAUUAUGUUUCUCAGCACAUGCUUUUGUUGGCAUUACACAUUACACAUUGUCAUUGUUGGAGUGAUUUAUGCCUUUGUUACUUGGUUGGUUAAAUCUCGACUUAAGAGGUUCUGCUCCUCAGAAGUUGGACUCCUGAAAAAUACUGAACGAGAACAAGAAUCAGAAGAAGAGAUGUGAUUUUGAGGGCCAUCUAGUCUUUCUGGAUGAACUUUUCUUUUUUGGAAUAUUUUUGUUCAUGGUUUUGUUUUUUGAUCUUUUGCUUGGAGAACAGGUGGCUGAGGAUGAUUCUUGGUGUAUUGUUUGUAUUUCCAAUUUGCUUAAAGUAUUUGAAUUCAAAUAUUUUGUUUUUAGAUUUGUAAGUACUUUGGAUGAUAAAUGCAUUUUGCACAUAAGUCAUGGUAUUUGGGGCCUGGAGUGACUGUUUCCAGAUGAUUUUAAGUCUGAUGCCCAUGCUAAGAAAAAUGUGUUAUUUACCUUAUAGAUACGCUCAAGGUUCCUGGGCUUGCUAUCAUUUGUAAUUCAUUAAACAUGGAAUUACACUUGUUUAUCUUGUUGUUGCAAUGAGAAAUAAAGGAAUGCAGGAACCUUGGUUCA